AUGUCGUUGAACAAAGCGUUGAGCGUUUUUAAUACUUAUUGCCACCGAGUGAAGUCAACUAGGUUUAAUCUUUCAUACAUCACACACAUUGAACUGCUUCUUGCUACUGUUCAUCCUUCACAUGAUUUUAGUCCUACACGAUUCUUCAUCCUCUUAGUUUUCUUUUUUCAAUUUGAAGUAAAACUUUUGAUUUUUCGGAAACCCUAG